UUCACAGACGUCUAUUUGGGAUCACUAUCAGGACGUACCUUUUUAGUCACAAAUUUGACGUUUUACUGACGUCUAUUUGGGGUCACUAAUACGACGUACUCUCUCUCGCUCUCUCGUACGCUCUUUCUCUUUUACUCUCACUAAGACGUCAUUAGAGUGACAGAGAAAAAUGCCCGCAAUUGACGAACGUCGAUUUUCGCUUCUAUUGCCCUGUUUCACUAAACGUGAUUCUUAAUAUUAGCGUAGUAACUUCUUAUAGAAAUUUACAUCUAUUUGGGGUCUCUGUUAGUAGGACGUACCAUUUUAGUCACAAAAUUGACGUUCUAUUGACGUCUAUUUGGGGUUACUAUCAAGACGUAUGUAACCGACAAAAUAACGCGUUUCGUUUCUUGAUACCAAUUUGUCAAUCUUGUAUUGUAAAAUAUUUAUAAAGUAAUAAAAACAUUUCCGUUUGUUUCGGUAACUCUAAAGUUGUUAUACAGUAUUUUUUUUAUAGAUUUUAUAAUUAAUAACACCAAAACAAGCUUAAAAUUGUUAUUUUUAGAAACAUCAGAAGUUGGAACGGAACGAAAUUCUGACAUUUUGAUUGAAGCGUCAUGUGUCAUGUAUCGUUUCCCUCCUUUUCCGUUUGCCCGGUCUGUUGUGUUGUAUCGCGUCCGUGGGUGCUGUGCAAUUUGAGACUCUUAAAGGUAUAUUUUAGUUUUAUCACAUGAUAAACACAUACUCAGUGAUGAGUACAUACUCAGUGAUACAAUUCAGUGAUCAAGACGGCGGAUCAAUAUCCAUUGUAAAGAAUCAGUGGAUUACGCCAAGGCGUCGGGAGGUAUUUUGGCCACCCGUCAAGGGAUCUAAAGCUUUUGAAAAGGUGUUGGCGGAUACCAAAACACCGGAUGAGUAAUGGAAACGAUACUUCAUCCAAAGAGUUUUUUGUGUGACUGGUACGUAUAUAUUUAUUUUAAGAACCACGUGGAUUUUGCUAUUGGUAAGUCACGUACUUAGAGGUAUGGUAUCUGGAUGCAAUAUUUCUUGAUUAACCGAGAGCUUACUAAUGUUGGUGGAAGUUUCCGUUUUCUGUGAUAGUUCAGUUUUUCGAAGAUAAAAUAUGUAGAGUCAUUGCGUUAAUUUCCGUACAGAUUAUCAAUUAAUGUAAUUGAUUUUUAAUUUUCUAUUUGCGACAUAUAAUUUUAUGUAAAUAGAUUGAUAUAUUGUUUUGACAUUAAUGAUUGCAAUAGGUACGUACAAAUUUGUGCAGCAAAGUACGUUUAUAUUCAAAUUUCGUCAAGUGGACGAAAACUAGUGCCGGACAAAAACCAACACACCUACAUAUAGGUAGUAUUCUUGUUGGUAUAUUGAGUAAAAUAUGUUACGUUACUGUAGGUAUGUCACAGCAGUGUUAUGGAUUUAUUCGGAUUUGUUAUAGUAUCUUGUAAGUUUACAUAUUCAGCAGUAAUCUUAAUUACAAACAGUAUAGCAAUAAUUUAGUGAAGUUCCGGGUAAAACUUAUUACCGGGUAAAAAAAAUAUUUUCGAUUAGUUUAGCGAUACACAGACAAAGAGACAGAAAGAUAGAGUUGCUUUCACACUUAUAAUAUUAAUAUGGAUGGACAGCUUAUGGUCAUUUUCAUAAACCUAUUGCUGAGACAAGUAGCAGCAUUUUUGGGAUAAUUUUACCUUGCAUUGUGUCUGUAUUAACAUAACUUCUGUAGUGUCCAGGUAAAUGGAUAAUUGACUGUGCUACUAACCACUUACUACCCUGUUCCUACUCCAUCCUACAUAUUUACCAAUAACCUUGUUUUAAUUGACUGAGGGAUGCAUUAUGUUGUGUUCAUUUAUUAUUUUUGCAUGUUGUGUGUAUUUUUUAUUUUAUUUGCAUGUAAAGACGAUAUAGAUAAAGCCAAAAGAAAACUGAAACUGGUUGAGGAGACAUCAGACUUACAGACUGAAGCAGAAGAAGAACCAAAUUUUAAGCGGAAAAGAAAUAACAGAUAUAUUUCUACAAGCGAUGAAGAUGACGGCCACAUAACGCCACCACCAAUUAAGAAAAAAAUCUUGAACAAAACAGCUGCUGCUGAUUACUAUAGAGAUAUCCGUCAGGCUCAGCCAAACAUUACCCGAGAUUCCCGGGAAGCCCCUUCAACACCAGAAAAAACCCUCUCAUUGCUGAAUGUAGUUGACGGGCUUCCUGUCUUGACAAACAGUGUCCUGCAAGAUUUAACAGAAGACGGCGAGGGGCGGCUAACUCCGGUUUCACGCAUACGUAGUCCUUGGUCGCGAAAAGAACAACCACCGAAUCUCGGCAGCGACGUGCCAGCAACGCCAUCGUGCGGUCAAGGAUUAAAAGGUUUGCAAGAUACAGUGGUGUCACUACUGACCCACAUAAAGGCCCAGAAUGAUAUAAUCAUCUCUAUUUUGCGAGAAAAACAUACAAGAUUGGAUUUAAAACCAGAGUUCAAAUUUCCCAUCAAAACUUCGGAGGAGUUGAAAAUUGUGGAAAAAUUAUUAACGUCACAAGAAAACCAUGCUAACGUGGUAAGUUUUAAGUUUGUCAAUGCGAUAGUAUCAUCGAAACUACAAGCGUACCGGAUAGGUAUAACAACCGGCAUAGCCUCGUAACGUCGUAAGUAGCCGGGUCCACACAGAGCGAGCAUACGCGCGAGGAUAUUGCCUCGUGCUUAUGGUCGCUGUGUGGACCCGGCUAGUCCCGUGUUUUUAGGAAGCAGGAGUCAUAACUGCCGAAUCUACUAUUUAUGAAGUACAAACUAGUACGUUUUUUAAUUUAAUACCCAAGUUUUAAUACCUAUGUGUUUCUUAGCGAGUGUCAGGAUGACAGGACCAUAUAUUUAUAACGAAUGUUACUCCAAGUUUUAGUACCUUUUUAGGGUUCCUUACCAUAAAAGUACUAAAGGGACCCUUAUGGUGCCACUCUGUCUGUCCGUCCGUCCGUCCGUCUGUCACAUUGAUAAAUAUCUCGAGAACUACUUAAGCUAUCGAUUUGAAAUUUGAAAUAGUCAUGAAGAACGCUAACCCUAACACUUUGAAAGUAUUAUUCUUUAAAUUUAUUUUUAUUAAUUGUGGAAAAUGCCCAAUAAGAAGAAUAAUUAUGAAAGGUACAAAUUAGGUACUAAAUCUUUGUCAAAAGUUGGAUUCUAUCGAUAUAACCCC